ACUGGAGGAGAUUGGUCGAGAUGCUGCGAGUGUUGAGCGAUACCCCAAAAGGUCGUUGCGUUGAUGGGAGUUGGCAGUUCUCCAGGUUUGAUGUAGAAGCGAUUUGGCAGAGCGCACGAAGCAUGCAGCGGAACAGGCAUGGUCGAGUUUGCUGACAUAAGCCGUCUUGCCUGUGAGGUGCCUGAGGCCCCACGGCGCGACGGAUUUGUUUACUUGGGACGUUUGGUUGCCACUGGCCAUUCAUCAUUUCAGUGGCUCCUCCCGCGGCGCCUACUUUACUCAUUGAAACAAUGUGCCAACUCUCGCUUCAUCCUCACGCUCCCUAGCCGACGCUCCCUCGCCACAGACCUUCGCCGCGUCGCCUCGCAACCGCUUCAGCAUCAAUCCCUCGCAGCAGCAGCAGCAUUCAAGGCUAGUCAACACAUCGAGUGUUCGCCGCCAUGGAGUCCAGGACCUUUGAAGGUCCCAUGGACUGGGAAUAUCAAGAUCGUGGCCCGUUCGACCCCACCAGUCCCUUUGCGCAGGCGGCGCACAAUGCCUCACGAAAUACAAUGUUUGGCUCCCCAUUCAAGUCGUCCCGACCGAACAAUCCGUUUGCAAAUCUAUCGACGCCCUCCAAAGCCCAGUCGCAACAGGCGCCGCCGCCGCCUCAGACCUCGAGCUUCACGCCCCAAGUUUCCUCCAAGAAUAUUGCACCGCCCUUUCGAAACCCGGCUUUCACAACUCCCAGGAGGCCGAUCGACGAAAUGGUGUUCUCGGAAGCGUCCGGCGCCGAAGACAGCCCGGCGCUGACAGAGGCGUCCGACUACCCCAACGACACGCCCGAGGUCGACCAUCGUACCGACGUGGUCAUGGGCGGUACGGUCGCGCCACUCAAAGUCGACAAAGCCAUCCGGUACGGCCGGGCUGGGACGUCGCUGAAGAAGCAUGCCGCCGGUAAGGGGGAGAUCCGGCCACAGCGAGAGCGCUCGGUUGGCCUGAGGAAGCGCAAGCGCCACAACUACGAUCGCGAUGUCGGCAGCACAGGCCGCAACCUCGGGCAGGACAGCGACGCGUGGGACUCGGACUCGGACACGAGCGUGGCGGCACGAGGCUCCAAAAAGUCUCAGCUGCGGGACCGGGACCGAGAGCAGCAGAGGGGCACGGUCGAAUCGCUUUUCUAUGCCCUCAACAAGUAUCCCAACACACCGGAGCACAUGCAGCGAUGGAUGCAGUUCGGGGCGAACCUAUUUCUUAUCUCGACGCUGGUGUAUGUCGGCUGGUCCGUCUUUAGCACGGUGCGGAACGACAUCCAGAGGGCCAACGCCUCUGCGAGGCUCGAGUUUGAAAGGGGCGUUGCGGAGUGUCGGACACAGUACCAGAUCAACGAGUGCAUCAAGGGCGACCGGCCGGGCCUGUUGGCUCUCUGCGCCGAGUGGCACGAGUGCAUGUACCAGGAUCCAGAGUCCAUCAUCAGGGUCAAGGUGACGGUCAAGCAGGUGGCGGAGAUUAUCAACGAGUUCACGGACGCCAUGAAUCUCAAGGCCUGGGGCAUUGUGCUGGGAUUCCUCCUGAUAUGUACGACAGUCAACGUCGGUGCGCUAGGCCGGUCAAGCAACAGGGCGCACGCGGAGCCGCGGCCUCCACCGCAAGGCCACGAGGCGGCUCUCGACGGGUCGAGGUCGCCGGGCAUCACACCCGGAUACAUGCUGGUGCCGGUGCAGACACCCAAGAUGCGGAGACGGGCGAUGCUGGACGAAGGCACCGACACGGACAACUCGCCUCUGAACCUGAAGCCGGCGUUGACAUACCAGACGCCAUCGGCACGGCGGAGCCCGAGCAAGGGGGAGCGCGGAGAGCGGCAGCUGAGCCCCGUCAAGUACGGGCGGACGCCAAGCAGGUCCGCAUAUUAAGCGGAGGAGGCACUGGUCAGCAGCGGCAGCUGUGUCAGACUGCCCAUUCCCUACGUAUACAAGAAGCUUGAUUGCACGAUGCAUGGUGGAGCGGGAGAGGGACGGACGGCGCACACACUGGGCACUAGGAAUUUGCACGAGGCCGCACGGGGUACUCGAUAGGGCAGCACGGACGACGGGCGCAAUCUUUGCGGCCGACGAUGCGCCAAGCUGGAAUAAAAGUGUCGCUUCUGGCUGCAAUAUCCAGCGUGGGCGUGCCGCGCCAAGACUGGAUGUCGUUAUCUUCACAGGCGAAGAAGCAUUGCACCGUUGCGUGAGGUCAUCGUGAAGUGGGGUUUGCCACGUAGGGGCUACCGGCCGUGGAGGGUGUCGGUCGCCAUUGAGAUGCGUACUACCUACAUGUACGUCCACGGAAAUGCAGGUGGCGCCGGUGCGGAUACUUAGGUGGUCUGGGCAGUUGAUCCAUUGGCAUCGGGCGUGUUCCACGGCGCACGGAAGGGGGGAUGGGGGAGUCAAGUCUGGAUGGCACUCUGCCGUUGGCGAUGGAGUCUUGGUUCGAUCGCGAUCUGAGACCGGAGCAGAAGCGAUCUAGAGGUGCAGCAGCACCAGCACGAGC